AUGACUACACCUGUUAUUAAAUCUCUGUUAGAUACAGAUAUGUACAAGUUAACCAUGCAUGCCGCUGUAUUUACAAAUUUUCCAGAAUCUAAAGUUGUUUACAAAUAUACUAAUAGGUCAUCUCAGAUGAAAUUUACCUUGGAUGGUAUCAAUUGGUUAAAAGAACAAUUUCAUUCAUUAGCAAAUCUAACAUUCACAGCAGAGGACAUUCAGUAUUUAAAGACUGUAAUUCCUUAUCUACCAUAUAAUUAUAUCCAAUACAUUUCAAGUCCCGAAUUUAAGCUUAAACCUGAUGAGCAAAUUAAAUUUACUUAUGAGGCUGCUUCAGAAGGCGAUAUAAACGAUACCACAGGUAAACAAUUUUACGAUCUGCACAUCUUUGUUGAAGGCUUUUGGAAAGAAACUAUAUUGUAUGAAAUUCCAAUUUUAGCUUUAGUUUCUGAAGCAUACUUUAAGUUUACAGAAACUGAUUGGUCUUAUGAAAAUCAAGUUGAAAUUGCCUAUCAAAAGGCUAAAACUCUUUUCCAGAACAACGCUAAGUUUAGCGAAUUUGGUACUAGACGUCGUAGAUCUUACCGUACUCAAGAAUUGGUCCUUCAGGGCAUAAUGAAAGCUGUAAAUGAAAAUGCAGAAGUCAAUAGUAAAUUGUUUUUGGGUACCUCAAAUGUUUUAUUUGCCAAAGAAUUUAAUGUCAAACCAAUUGGAACCGUUGCCCAUGAAUGGAUUAUGGGUAUUGCUUCAAUCACCGGUGAUUAUGUCAACGCAAAUAAGAAUUCCAUGAAAUAUUGGGUUGAAACUUUCGGUUUAGACAAUGCCGGUUUAGCUUUAACAGAUACGUUUGGCACAGAAGAUUUCCUAAAAUCAUUUAUUCCACCUUACUCAGAUAAAUAUGUUGGUGUUAGACAAGAUUCAGGCGAUCCAGAAGAAUACACAAAGAAAAUCGCUCAUCAUUAUCAUCAUGUCUUAAAACUUCCUAAGGAUACUAAAGUAAUUUGUUAUUCUGAUUCAUUAAACCCAGAGAAAGCUAUCCAUUACGCUGCUAUUGCAAAGGAACAUGGUUUAGUACCUACCUUUGGUAUUGGUACGAAUUUCACAAAUGAUUUUUACAAGAAGACUAAUUCUUCGAUAAUAAGUGAACCAUUAAAUAUCGUACUUAAAUUAUUGGAAUUGAAUGGAAAUCAUGCAAUUAAGAUUUCAGAUAAUAUUGGGAAAAAUAUGGGUGAUCCAGAAACCAUUAAGAAAGUUAAGGAGGUCUUAGGUUAUUCUGAAAAGGGAUGGAUUGGAGACAAUGAAGCCCAUAGAUGGUCAGCAUGA